CAAGCAAAGCAAAAAUAUAACAGAUGCAUUCAGACAUCAUCAUUUCUAUUUAUAACUCUAUAAAUAUCUUCAAAGAGACAGAUUCCAAGAAAAGGUAUCAUAGAGGAAGAUGUUCUUUUUCUUGAAAUCUUUGUCAAGAUCAGUCCAUGAUGGAGAGCACCAUCAAGAACCAGAGAUCAAGAUUACCGAUGGGAUUGGGACGUCUACUUCACUAACAGUGUGGAGAAAGUCGCUUAUAAUUAGUUGCAAUGGAUUUACAGUGAUUAAUUCACAUGGAGAUUUAGCUUAUCGGGUUGACAAUUAUAUUGUUCAUCCUGAUGAACUUAUUCUCAUGGAUGGCUCUGGGAAAUCCAUUCUCACAAUGCAUCGUCGCAAGAAGCUUGGAUUGGGAGAUGGCUGGCUUGUCUUUGAAGGAGAAACGAGUGGAUGUUGUUCUAGAAAGAAAUUAUCAAAGAAGCCAAUUUGGAGUGUAAAGAAGAACAUUAACAUUCUGCAAACAAAUCAGAAUGUGCUUGCAUAUGUUUUUCGAGGAAACACAGAGAAGAGGCAUUCAUACGUAAUAGAAGGUUCGUAUACACAGAGAUCAUGUAAAGUAGUGGAUGAGACAAGAAGGGUGGUGGCAGAGAUCAAGAGGAAAGAAGCCAUAAGUGGAGGAGUUUCUUUUGGGGUAGAGGUUUUUCUUUUGGUUGUACAGCCAUGGUUUGAUCCUGGAUUUGCUAUGGCUCUGGUUUUGUUGUUAGAUCAAAUGUUCUCAUGAAUUUGUAAUGCUUGUUUCUGAGAUUAGAAUAUAUAGGUUAGGCUGUGUUUGCCUGUUUGGUAUAUAUCCCUAUGAAUUAUUGAUAGAGAAGGAAUUAAGAAAAACCAAAAUGAGAUGAUGAAAUGCCCAUCUGAUCUUGAGAAGGGAUUGCUGCUA